UAGCCACUCUGUACCCUUUAUUAGCGUCUUGCCGCGCGGCAACCUCCCCAGUCUCGGCUCCUUCGUGGUGGCUCUCUUUUGAGUUAUUGUUAGUUUGCAGCCUCUUUCUCCCAUCUCUACAGUUUCUCCUAUUCUCCAUAUCCUCAACACAGGACUUGAAUUUACUGCCAUGUCUUCUGAAGAAGGGAAGCUCUUCGUGGGAGGGCUCAACUUCAACACUGAUGAGCGGGCUCUGGAAGACCACUUCAGCAGCUUCGGACCUAUUUCUGAGGUGGUGGUCGUCAAGGACCGGGAGACUCAGCGAUCCCGGGGUUUUGGCUUCAUCACCUUCACCAAUCCGGAGCAUGCCUCAAAUGCCAUGAGAGCCAUGAAUGGAGAGUCUCUGGAUGGUCGUCAGAUCCGUGUAGACCACGCUGGCAAGUCAGCCCGGGGAUCACGAGGGGGUGCCUUUGGGAGCUAUGAACGUGGUCGUGGCUACCCUAGAGGUGGUGGGGACCAGGGCUAUGGAAGUGGCAGGUACGACAAUCGACCUGGAGCAUAUGGAUUCGGAUACGGAUAUGGAUAUGGAAGGUCCAGAGACUAUGGUGGCAGAAGCCAGGGUGGUUAUGACCGCUACUCAGGGGGAAAUUACAGGGACAAUUAUGACAACUGAGAUAAGAAACACAAGGAAUAAUCUGAUCCAGGACCAGGACCACCUCUCCAAAUGACUGUAUUUAUAAAGACUUUUGGAGCUGCACUGAAACAUCUGUAAUAGUUAAACCAACCUGGUUUUCUUUUUUUUUUUAAUUGAGUUCCCAAGGUACCUUAUUAAAGAUCUUUCAGAAAGCUCCAUGUUUGUUUUGUUUGUUUUAAAAUUUUUCUCCCAUUUAAAGACAAAGUCUGAAGAUAUUUGUAGAGUCUGAGUAUUUCUUCCUUUUUUACCAGUUUUUUUUUCUUUUUUUUUAGUUCCAACUCUUAGGAUUAUUCUGACAAGAAAUGUUUGGCCAGAUUCUUUUACUAAUAUGUAUCUAGAAACAUUUUUAAAAACUGUAUACAACAUUGAAUCCUGAUUAGGAAGCGGUUUCCAACUGUAAGAAAUAGAGCAUGAUAACUCAUAGAUGUUUUUUACUCAAGAUCUCUGCCUUGAUUAUAUAGAAGUUUCUAAGAAAUACUUGUGUAUGUCAUUUUUUUUAAACUGGAAGAAAAAAAUCCUGUUGUUUCAUGUAGUGUUUAGGAUGUCCUUCACUGAGUUGAUUAAAAAGAUGAAACCUGAAAACAAA